AUUCCACAUUUGCUUCGAAUAUUGAUGCAUUAACCAAAGUAUUAUAUUACCAACAAUGUCGAGAAAAUGCUAUGAUAGAAUUUGAUCUGGAAAAAUUUGAGUAUAUAAUAGGGAAUGCUAAUUCUCAACUUGAGGGUUUUUUUAGCAGUAUGAUGAAUGCAAUUAUUCCUAAAAAACGUUCAGCUUAUAGCAUUAAUGAAGCCAAAAGUGUCAUAUGGGAAGCUGUUGACAUAAUAGCAAGUCUUGAUUACUCUGCAUGUGCUAAAACAGUGGAGGAAUUUUACAAAAAAAUUCAAAAUGAAUAUGCAAUAAAAAUUGAACAGCAUUUUAUAAAUCAU